AAGUCAGCCCUUUAGUUUAUUGGACUGCUCAGUGGAGCAAGGAGAUGUUCUUGUUCCUGAAAGGUUCACUAGCCAUGCAGCUCCCCACGUCUAGAGAACUACAUAUAGAGUGACUGUCCUUUGCCUUCCAGUUGUCCCUUUGUUGAUUGGUUCAGCAAUGAAGAGCUUACUCUUGGUCCUUGUGGUCCUUGUCUUGCUCUCCUGUGUUCCACCAGUUAGAAGUGGACCGAAUACAUAUAUAAGAACAGCAUUUUCUACAUGCUGGGGAGGAAAAGGUGUUUGCAGGAAAUUAUGUGGAGGAAAUGAAGACUAUCACAUUUUUUGUGAUGUCAGACGUCUGUGCUGCGUUAACAAAAAGCUUUUAGAUGUACGGGUUAGAAGAUAA